AUUGCCAGUUAAUUAUACUUAAAUCUUUUAAACUUUCGAAUGAAGUAAUAAUUUUUGGAGGAAGAAAUGUUGAUUUUCAAGAUGUUCCUCACACUAUCGAGGAUAUUGUCUCGGACAAACUGUAUUCUGAUUUUGAUGAUAUUCAACCUCGUAUCCUCAGCGCCUAUAAAAUCUCGAAAAAACUCGCCGCUCCAAAACGAACAAGGCUUCUCGACCUCCCCAAGGGUAGUGGAGUUCCAGCUGCCACUCAAGAUCACCUCGAAGGAAGAUUUAGCUGCUUGGUCUAAAUAUGUAUCGAGUUUGAUGGCAACAAAUGUAAAUUUUACGCCAAUUUUGAAAAACUCGUCGCCAGCUGAGAAACGACUUCCCCUUAUAAACAAUUCAGGCACGAAAUCGAAGGAGAUGAUGAAGAAGGCACCUCUCAACGAAAAACGACAAGGCUUGAACUAUCCGGCGCGAAGGCUUAAGGAACCCCCUGUGCAAAGAGCGGAUGACAAAGUGGUCGCUUACCCUUUACCCAUGGGAGCGAUGCAACCGACACCAUCCAAACUGCAGGAUCGCUCUAAUUUUCCUACUUCGAAUAUCAAUGGGCCGACUGAUUUUGGACAAUACGUGGACUUCAACAUCGGAAAUCCGUUUCAGAGCGAGUUUGAUUCCUUUGCGAAUUUUGAUGCCUUCUUGCAGCCGCCCGCUAACAUGUACCUCCCAUUACCGACAAGCCCAACCGAUACCAUUAAAUUGCAUCAAAAUGCAGUCAAUAAGAACUCUUCCGGUUCUGAAGACCCGGCGAAGUAUCUCCAGAGUAUGAGGAAUUUCUUGAAUCUUCGCAUAAAGGACGCUCAGAACGAUGAAUUUGGAGCUCAGGCGUUGCCGAUUGCCGUGAAUAACGGACUAACUGGAGUGAAUCUGUCGUACGUGGGUGAACCUCUGUUGACUUUUCCGUUCCAGGCGGUGGUUACAAUCACUAAAGAACUUCCAGCAGGUACGAUUAUGCAACCGAAGGAUUACACCGCGAUUAGAGAUCUACCGGAUGAGUUUUUGUCAUACUUCGAAAAAAACUACACACCCAUGAACGAAUCCGGACACGUCUUCAAAGAUUUUAUCACGGAUACGAGUGAAACAAAGAUGCAGGGAAAUGUGAAAAAGGCGGAGCAGAAAAAAAAAUCGCAAAAUAUACGCGAGCAAAAAAAGCAAAACCAGAAAAAGACGAAUAAUUCAAAUAGUCAAAAGUCAUCAAUAAAACGGCAGUCGGCCGUACUCGGGGAUUUGUUGAGGAUGUUGGGUAUCCUCCGGAAAUUGCCGAAGAAUUCCACCGAGAUUAGCGUCGCGUCACCUGUACUCUCUAUCUUGAAAGGUACGAACACACAGAAGAUACAAGUGGCUUUAGAAGAGAUCCCGCCACCACUGCCUAAUCGUGGAAGACGCAAUGAAACAUUUUUAGCGCAACAAUUGGAGGACGAUGAUGAAAACGGUGAUGAUGAGAAUGGUGAUGAUGAGAACGGUGAUGAUGGGAACGGUAGUAAUGGAAACGGCAAUAAUGGAGACAUCGAUAAUGGGAACGAUGAUGAUGAUGAUGGACCGCAAAUAGAAGCACAAGAGGAAGAUGAUGAAGAAGAAGAAGAAGGUGGAUCUAUACAAGCUGUGAUCGAAUUAUUACCGUUAGCUGCACCGAUUCUCGAAGAACUUAGUGAUCCAAACUCCGAUGUCGAUAUAGCAGAAGUACUUGCAGGUGCAAUUCCUCUUCUCGAAGGACUCUCUGAUCCAGAAGAUGAGGAUGGAUUUGAUAUUCCAGCAAUUCUACUGCCACUCUCUCAGAAACUCAGUGAGGGCCCAGAUGGACAAGGGAGCGAUUCCGGCGCCAUUUUAGGGCCUCUUAUUCAGCUGAUAGCUCCAUUAAGCGGACCACUUUCGGGGCCCUUGAUCGGGCCACUGAGUCGUACUAGUAGUGGCCCUGAUGGCAUACAAGGAUCGGCAUCUGUAUUUGGUGCAUCGGCUGAACCUUUAAGCAAACCGAUGGGACCGUAUGGGCAAUCAGUAUUAUCGGGCCUUGUUGCCAGUAUCACCGCUAAACUAAGUAAAGAAUCCGCCGCUUCGGCAGGUAGUUCAGAUGUUCAAGCUUUAGUAAGUUCGAUUGUGUCAGGUGUAUUCGCUGGUGCCAGUGCUGGUUCCAAAAGUCGUAAGGGUUAUGGUUAUGGUACUACAUAUGGUCAAUAUGGUCAAAAUAAUAGCAAUAAUAGAUACGGUAACAAAGACACGUACCAAGCGUCCACAACCUACGGCGGUUACGAUACAUACAGCACUAAACCUCCGCCUAAAGCAGCGCUUACCGAGCCGUUACAGGAAAUUCUCGGUGCUAUCCUAAAGUUAUCGGCCACGUCGUCAACCUCCAGCUCAAGUGUAUCCGGCGCAUCGUCGAGCUCGAGCGCAGAUCUGUCAGCCGGUUCCUCACAAUCAUCAAAGGAACCAGAGACACCUACGUAUGGUCCCCCCACGUAUAAACCACCUACAUAUGCUCCACCGCCCCCCAAACCUUCUUACCAGCCUGAUUAUGCUGGGCCUCCGCCAAAUCCGGAUUCUCCUUACGUAACAUUCACGCGAAGACAAGUCGCAAGACGGCAGAGAUUUUGAGUCACAUUUCGCUUGUAGUUUAUUACCUUUUUAAGUUUGAUAGAAUCACUCCCGCGAGAUGGACUGUAUUCCGGCAUAAUUGUAGACAUUCCUAGGAUUACUUCUUGGUUCUUUUACGUAAAGUCUCUUUGGAAAGGCUUUAAGUGCAGGUGUUACGACUACGGAGACUGUCUCUCUCUUUCUUGGCUGACCUCUCCGAUAAAUCCCAGUGAUGAAUUUUGCAAUAAUGAACUUAUUACAACCGAGAUCAUGUGGGCUUUUGCGUAAUAUUGCAGGAUAAUCUUAGCCGCGCAAGGACAGCUGUCACGUCAUCGUUAUGAUUGUUGCAAGCUUUCGCCUCAUUUAAAUCAUUUCCUAUGAGUAAUCUUGUGGAUAAAUUGUGAAUAAUUCUGUGCAACAUACAAUGUAUAAAUACAUCGCCAUUCGCACUUUUAACGAUUAACUUUAACGAUUGUGGGGGCAUUAGUAUAAAUUAUAAAUAUUAAUAAUAUAACAUGUGUAAAUAAAA